CUCUUCUUCCACAGGAUGGUUCAGAAGAACAUCACAAUGUCCCACGGGAUGAUCAGGUUCUGAAUCCGGGUGAAGAUCUGAACAUCAUAUAUGUUACAGAGACCUAUGUGAGGGGCGAUGAGCAGAGUAUAGAGGACCUUCCUACAGAUAACCGCCCAGAUAACUUUACCAAGAGCUCAGAGGGACAUCUGAUGACUUCAGAUUUUAAAUUAGAAAAUCAGAGUAUCACACAAGAUGCAUAUGAAGAACAUGCCAUUGCCACAGAUAUACCUUCAGACAUUCGAAGCAAAAAUCUGUUAUCUGAUCCUUUCAAACAGGUCCUAUCAACUGAUUCAUCACAGACUGUUAAGCAAAAUAAAAGUCUCGGAAGGGGUGAACAUCAAGGAACUCACACAGGAGAGAAAGCAUUUUCAUGUUUAGAAUCUGCUUUUGUUAUACAUCAAAGAAUUCACACAGGGGAGAACCCAUUUUCAUGUUCACAAUGUGGGAAACAAUACAGCAUUAAAUCAGAUCUUGUUAGACAUCAGACAACUCACACAGGGGAGAAACCGUUUUCAUGUUCACAAUGUGGGAAAUGUUUUAACAGGAAAUUACAUCUUGUUACACAUCAGUUAAUUCACACAGGAGAGAAGCCAUAUUCCUGUUCAGAAUGUGGGAAAUGUUUUACAAACAGAUCAAAUCUUUGGAAACAUAGGCAUAUUCACACAGGGAUGAAACCACAUUCAUGUUCUGAAUGUAGGAAAUGUUUUACCCAGAAAUCAGCGCUUGUUACACAUCAGAGAAUUCACACUGGGGAGAAGCCAUUUUCAUGUUCAGAAUGUGGGAAAUGUUUUACUCUAAAAUCAACUCUUGUCAACCAUCAAAGAGCUCAUACCGGGGAGAAGCCAUUUUCAUGUUCAGAAUGUGAGAAAUGUUUUCACCAGAAAUGUGAUCUUGUUAAACAUCAGAGAACUCACACAGGAGAGAAGCCAUAUUCAUGUUCAGAAUGUGGGAAAUGUUUUACAAACAGAUCAAUUCUUUUGAAACAUAGACAAAUUCACACAGGGAUGAAACCACAUUCAUGUUCUGAAUGCAGGAAAUGUUUUACCCAGAAAUCGGCGCUUGUUACGCAUCAGAGAACUCACACUGGGGAGAAGCCAUUUUCAUGUUCAGAAUGUGGAAAAUGUUUUACUCUGAAAUCAACUCUUGUCAACCAUCAAAGAGCUCAUACGGGGGAGAAGCCAUUUUCAUGUUCAGAAUGUGAGAAAUGUUUUCGCCAGAAAUCUGAUCUUGUUAAACAUCAGAGAAUUCACACAGGAGAGAAGCCAUAAUCAUGUUCUGAAUGUGGCAAUUGUUUUAAUCAAAAAUCAAUUCUUCUUUGCCACCAUCAAACUCAUACAGGGAAGUUACAAUACAAGAACAAAUAUAUUGGUUACAGUUAUAUAAAGGUCAAGCGACAUACAAAAGAAAGGUAAUGCAAUUAACAGCACUAAAUGAUGAUUAAGAAAUGUAUCCAGUUACCAAUAAAUAUCUGUUAUAACAAGCAAAUAGAAUUCAGAUAAAGCACCUAUAUUCCGCACCUAUAUAUCCACCAUGUGCACUGAAAAUUUGACAAGGACCACUAAACCUUUAAAAACAAGAAGAAAAAAAGGAAUAAUUUGUCUCAAGUUCUAUCUGAAUGGCUUUCUGAAAGGUGUUACAGAAAGCAGCAUUAGAAGAGAUUAUGUUGUCAUAUUACUUCCCCCUAGCCCCUCUACCAGAACUUUUUUGAAGCUGGUGCAGUUGAAGAUAAAGGGGAGGGGGGUCAAUAGACACCCAGAACACUGUCAAGGAGAUGGAAACUGCACAACUUCAUCAGCUUCUUAGAAACCCUCCACUUCUGGGGUCCUGAUCUGCACACUAGUGGCAUUGAUCACUCCGGAGUGCUUCUAACAACUAGUGUACAGUAAUGUAUCUCUAUGCACCAGGUAUUUAUAUGCAGAGAUAUGUCACACCUCCAAUAAACGUAUUUACCACA